AUGUCUGAUGGUGAAUUAUAUCUCUCCAUGUUGCACGCUCAGUUUAAACUGACCCCCAGCGCAGCCGACUUCGCCGAGGUGAAGAGGCUGCAGCAAGAACGCAACGCUGCAGCCAGUGGAAAGAAAGGUUCAAAGACUUUCGAUCCAUCCAGCCAGCGAACUGACUCAUCAACUAAGGCUGCCCUGACUGAGAGCUUUGAUACCUCUUUGUACGACCGUCAAGGAUCGGACAAGUUCGCUGGCUACAAUGAGUCAAUUCCCACAAAUGGCCAUGAUGACGAUGACGAUGAAAUGGAUGAUGUCGAUAAUAGUCGGCGCCUGGUGGGCCAAUAUACUGCCACAAAAGACCAGGUGAAGGAGUUUGCGAGUGGCGCUGGUGUGGAAGAACAGGAUAUCUUACUUGGGCGUGAGAAAUCAGCUAGAAUCGCAGACCGCGAGACUGACUACCAAAAGCGACGUCUUGCCCGAGGCCCUCUCACACCUACUCGUGCAGAUCCAUUCGCUGCAAACAGUCAAGCUGGCAUUGAGGAUGAAGGGCAAAGCUACCGUGAGAUUAUGCAAGCACGAGAAUUGGACCGGGAAGAGGAAAGAGUUCAAAGAGUCCUCGAAGAGAGAAAGGAGAAGGGAGAAGACGGUAUCGUCGAGCACAAGCCAACUUUGAAACAAGAAGAUAGCAGUGACAAGGAAAAUAAGGAUGCUGGCUCAGCAGUUACUGUGGCGUCCGGCAGGAAGCGCAAACAAAGAUGGGAUAUUGCUGCAGAUAGCACACCAGCAUCUGAAGCUACCGAUGCACAAAUAAAGCGGUCUCGGUGGGACCAGACACCGGCGCCUCCUGGAGCUGCUCCCGUUGCGGCCUCGCGCCGAUCAAGAUGGGAUCAAGCUCCUUCCCUGGCAGAUGCGACACCUGUGGGCCAGUCAGGCCUUGCUACACCAAUGCAUCCUUCUCAAGGACAAGGUCCAUUGAUGCCGACAUCGUUUGGCACAGACAUCUCAUCUAGGAAUGCGGCCCUUUCAGACGAGGAACUUGACAUGAUGCUGCCUAGCGAAGGAUACAAAAUCCUCGAGCCUCCGCCAGGAUAUGCACCUAUCAGAUCUGCAGCUCGAAAAUUGACGAGCACGCCUGCUCCGCAGGCAAAUUCUUCCGGUUUUGGGGGUUUCAUGAUGCAGGAGCCGGAAAAUGCGCGGGCAAUGGGCAAGCAGCUACCAACAGAAAUUCCAGGUGUCGGUGAUCUUCAGUUCUUCAAAACAGAGGACAUGACCUACUUUGGCAAGCUCGUCGAUGGCUCAGAUGAGAAUGCAAUGUCUGUGGAAGAGCUCAAAGAGAGAAAGAUCAUGAGACUUUUACUGAAGGUCAAGAACGGAACGCCACCUAUGAGAAAGACAGCUCUUCGUCAACUUACUGACAACGCUCGGCAAUUUGGAGCCGGUCCCUUGUUUAACCAGAUUUUGCCAUUGCUCAUGGAGAAAACCCUCGAGGACCAGGAACGCCAUCUUCUCGUCAAGGUCAUCGACAGGAUACUAUAUAAGCUUGACGAUCUCGUCCGGCCUUAUGUCCACAAGAUUCUAGUCGUUAUCGAGCCCUUACUUAUCGAUCAAGACUACUACGCACGCGUUGAAGGUCGAGAGAUCAUCUCUAAUCUGAGCAAAGCGGCUGGACUUGCCCACAUGAUCAGCACAAUGCGGCCAGAUAUUGAUCAUGUUGACGAAUAUGUACGCAACACAACAGCUCGAGCUUUCGCAGUUGUCGCCUCCGCUCUUGGUAUACCAGCUCUACUACCAUUCUUACGAGCUGUGUGCCGAAGCAAAAAGUCAUGGCAAGCUCGUCACACUGGUGUGAAAAUCGUGCAACAAAUCCCUAUCCUGAUGGGUUGUGCCAUCUUGCCGCAUCUGAAAGGUCUAGUGGACUGCAUUGGCGAUAAUCUAAGCGAUGAGCAAGCGAAAGUCCGGACGGUGACGAGUCUAGCUAUUGCAGCACUCGCUGAGGCCGCUAAUCCUUAUGGUAUCGAAAGUUUUGACGAUAUACUUAAUCCUCUGUGGACUGGCGCUCGGAAGCAAAGGGGCAAAGGCUUGGCAGGUUUCCUGAAAGCCGUUGGCUAUAUCAUUCCGCUAAUGGACGAGGAAUAUGCCAACUACUAUACCAGCCAAAUCAUGGAGAUUCUCCUCAGAGAGUUCUCGUCGCCAGAUGAAGAAAUGAAGAAAGUCGUUCUGAAAGUGGUUUCCCAGUGCGCAGGCACCGACGGCGUUACGGCUGCAUAUCUGAAAGAAAGUGUUCUCUCUGAGUUCUUCAAGUCUUUCUGGGUUCGACGGCUGUCUCUUGACAAACGAAAUUAUCAAUCUGUGGUUUCUACAACUGUUGAUCUGGGUCAGAAGGUUGGUGUCAGCGAGAUUGUUGAGCGUGUUGUGAAGAACCUUAAGGAUGAGUCCGAGAGCUACCGGAAGAUGACGCUUGAGACCAUCGAAAAGGUAGUAGCAAGUCUAGGCGCUGCAGAUAUCGCCGAAAGACUGGAGGAGCAGUUGGUCGACGGUCUUUUGUUUUCUUUCCAGGAGCAAUCGGACAGCGCAACGGACUUUGUCAUGCUCAAUGGCUUUGGGACGGUCGUAAACGCCCUGGGGACGCGAUGCAAGCCAUACUUACCACAGAUCGUCAGUACAAUACUUUGGCGGCUUAACAACAAAUCAGCCACCGUUCGCCAGCAAGCAGCCGAUCUCAUAUCGCGUAUUGCACUAGUGAUGAAGCAGUGCGGCGAAGAUGCGCUUAUGUCGAAUCUAAGUGUAGUCCUUUACGAAUACUUAGGUGAAGAAUAUCCGGAGGUGCUAGGUUCGAUCUUGUCCGCCUUACGCAGCAUUGUGACCGUUGUUGGUAUCAAUUCCAUGAAGCCCCCUAUCAAAGACCUCUUACCUCGACUCACACCUAUUCUUCGCAAUCGCCACGAAAAAGUGCAAGAAAACACGAUUGAUCUUGUCGGACGUAUUGCUGAUCGAGGACCUGAAAGCGUCAAUGCGAGAGAAUGGAUGCGAAUUUGCUUUGAGUUACUUGACAUGCUGAAAGCGCACAAGAAGGGCAUUCGACGAGCAGCCAACAACACGUUCGGCUUCAUUGCCAAAGCCAUUGGACCUCAAGACGUUCUCGCAACGCUCCUUAACAACCUGCGGGUACAGGAAAGACAGAGCCGUGUCUGUACCGCUGUUGCGAUCGGUAUUGUUGCUGAGACAUGUGCACCGUUUACAGUGCUCCCAGCCCUAAUGAACGAGUAUCGCGUUCCGGAGCUCAACGUCCAGAAUGGUGUACUGAAGUCUCUCUCUUUCCUAUUCGAAUACAUUGGUGAGAUGGCUAAGGAUUAUGUCUAUGCCGUUACUCCAUUGCUUGAGGAUGCCCUCAUCGACCGCGAUCAGGUACAUCGGCAGACUGCUGCCUCGGUCGUCAAACACGUCGCGUUGGGCGUAGUCGGACUUGGGUGCGAAGACGCAAUGAUGCACCUGCUCAAUUUGCUAUAUCCCAAUAUUUUUGAGACGUCACCACACGUUAUCGAUCGUAUUGUCGAGGCUAUUGAUGCUAUCCGCAUGGCAGUCGGAACAGGCCUAGUAAUGAACUACGUAUGGGCGGGCCUCUUUCACCCGGCGAGGAAGGUCAGGACGCCGUACUGGAGGCUCUACAAUGAUGCAUACGUCCAGAGCGCGGACUCGAUGGUUCCCUAUUACCCAAAUUUGGACGAAGAGAAGCUCCUAAGACAUGAGCUGAACAUCGUCCUGUGA